AUGACAAAUCAUGAAGAAUUAGUUGGUGGAUGUUGUGUUUGUUCUGAUGAUCAAGGUUUUUCAAAUAAUGCUCUAGUUUAUUGUGAUGGAAAAGGUUGUACAGUAGCUUGUCAUACAGCUUGUUAUGGAAUUGUAUCAAUUCCUGAUGGUGAUUGGUAUUGUCGUCGAUGUGAAGUUGGAGCAAUUCAUGCACCAUGUCAUUUAUGUCCAUUAAUCGAAGGUGCAAUGAAACAAACAUCCGAUGGUAAUUGGGCACAUGUUAUAUGUGCACUUUAUAUACCUGAAGUAUCCUUUGGUAAUGAUGAAACAAUGGAACCAAUUAUACUUUCAAAAAUUCCAUCAAUACGUUAUGGACAAACAUGUUCAAUUUGUAUUAAGAAUGGACGUUCAGAAUCCUAUGCAAUUAAAGGUGCAUGUUGUGAAUGUAGAGUUAAAAAUUGUUCACAAUUAUUUCAUGUAACAUGUGCACAACAAGCUGGAUUAUUAUUUGAAGAUGUUAGAAAAAAUAAUUGUCAAUAUCCAAUUUAUUGUGAAUAUCAUCAACCGAAAUUUUCUAAAUUUAUUAGACAAGUACCUGCAUUUCAAUAUCAAUUAUCAGAACGAAAUCAUAAUUCAAGAGAAAUAGAAAAUCCAUCGGAGCUAUCUGAUUUUGUUAAUACUACUAUUAGUCAAACAAGUGAUUCAUUAUUAUUGGACAGACAAGAAAAAAUGAAUAAUGAAUCUAGUCAAAAUUCAUCACAAGUUUCUUCUUCAGAAAUUAAUCAUUCACAUAGUGUUGAAUUAAAUAAACAAGAACGAACUUGUCAUUUGUUAUCAAGUCAAAAUCAAUCAACAAUAGAUACUAGAAACUUAGCAACUGUUAAUUUAAAAUCUUCCAAUGGCAAUAAUGAUCAGCAAUCAUUAACAUCUAUAUGUACAAAUAUUUCUUCUAAUAUUAAUAAUAAUCUUUCAUCGAAAGAAAUUUUUACUCCAAAAAUCAAAAUUGAAAUGAAUGAUAUUGAUUCUCAAAUAAUCGAUAAAAAUGUACAAUUACAUAAAAAACGUUAUUAUUCAACUGAAGAUAGUCCAAGACCAGUUGGUCGUCCUCCAUCAAAAAAACUUCAUUUAUCUCAAUUAAAGCAUAGUAAUCAUUCAACAUGUAAAGAACAAAAUCUAAAACCUAUAGAAUCUCAAACUAAUAAUGAUCAAGCAAAGAUGAAUAUUGAUUCUCAACAAUCAUUAAAUAAUUCUUCAAUAACAUUAAAAACUUCCGAACAUUCAUUUCCACCUCAAACUUUAGAAGAAUUUCUUGAACAAGAAUGGGAAUUAACAAGUGAUUUUCUUCUUCAACAAAAUAUGCCAAAUGAUAUUUCAUCAUUAUUAUCAUGUUUAUAUCAAUUUAAAUCUGAAAAUGCUUCUUUAAAAAAGAAAUUUGAUGAACUUAAACAUCGUCGAGAUUCACUUCGUGUUACAAAUGCUAAUUUACGUCAAAAACUUUCAGAAACUGUAACAAUUAAUAAUACAUUUCAUGAAUCAUCAUGUCUUCCAAUAAAUAAUCAACAAAUAGAUAAAAAAAGUAAAUCACCUAUAAUUGAAAAACAAAGUAAAUUAAAUAAAAUCAUUCCUUCAAAUAUGGAAUUUAUUUCAAAUAAUUCAACUCCUUCUUCAUCAUUCUCCUAUGAAUCAAUUCAUCCAUAUAUAAUGCAUAAUAAUGAACAAUUACCUAUAACAAAUGGUCUUAGUCUCGAACUUCUUUCUCAAAUUCUUACAACUACUGGUCCACAACUUUUUGCACCAACAUGGAAUAUUUCUAAUUUUGGUUAUGCGAAUUUUUCUGGAGCUAAUUCAAUAUCAAUUUCUGAUGAAUCAAUAAUACGUUCAUAUUCAUCUUUUCAACAAUGA